AACGACGGGGGAACCUUGGAGAAGCAUUUCUCUUUCCCUAAAUAGAGGAGUCACCGAGUCAAUGCCGUAAAUCAACUAAACACAGGAGGGCGAAUUCUCCCGGGAGAGCUCCAGUGCCGUAAAUCAACUAAACACAGGAGGGCGAAUUCUCCCGGGAAAGCGCUAUAAAAGAGAAACCGCGCGAAGCUGGGAAAAGCGUCUUGAAGAACCAUACCCAUUUGAGAGAGAGAGAGAGUCAGAAACUCGAACGCCAAAAUCUAUAUAUACCCAGAAAUGUCUCUCCACAAUGACUCUCGCAAGUCUCUCAUCCCAACGUUCCUCUACUCUUCUUCUUCUUCUUCGUUGUUGAAGAAAACGCGGCCGUUCGAUUUGGACACGUUGAGGACGACGAGCCCUCAUGGAUCAUCAUCGUCUUCGAAGAGUUUUGUGGUUCCGGCACCGAAGGAGAAGAUCGAGAUGUACUCGCCGGCUUUCUACGCGGUGUGUACGGCCGGUGGGAGCCUCUGCUGUGGUCUCACCCACACGCUCCUCACUCCUCUCGACGUGGUCAAGUGCAACAUGCAGAUUGACCCAGCGAAAUAUAAGAGCAUCUCGUCUGGAUUUGGGGUUUUGCUGAAGGAACAGGGAGUUAGAGGUUUCUUUAGAGGUUGGGUGCCCACUUUGCUUGGUUACAGUGCGCAAGGUGCCUUCAAGUAUGGACUUUAUGAGUUCUUUAAGAAGUCCUACUCGGACAUUGCUGGGCCCGAGUUUGCAGCCAAGUACAAAACCUUGAUCUAUCUUAGUGGUUCAGCAUCUGCUGAACUGAUUGCUGAUGUUGCCCUCUGCCCCAUGGAGGCCGUGAAAGUUCGUGUCCAAACACAGCCUGGGUUCGCCCGAGGUUUAUCAGAUGGGCUUCCCAAGUUCGUCAAGUCUGAAGGAGUUCUUGGCUUGUACAAAGGGCUUGUUCCUCUUUGGGGUCGUCAGAUUCCAUAUACCAUGAUGAAAUUUGUAUCCUUUGAGACUAUUGUGGAGAUGAUGUACAAGUAUGCCAUCCCAACCCCAAAAGAACAGUGCAGCAAAACUUUGCAGCUUGGGGUGAGCUUUGCUGGCGGAUAUGUGGCUGGUGUAUUCUGUGCUAUCGUCUCACACCCUGCUGACAAUCUGGUGUCUUUCCUCAACAAUGCCAAGGAUGCAACUAUCGGUGAUGCUGUGAAGAAGAUGGGAUUGUGGGGUCUUUGUACCCGUGGCCUUCCUCUUCGUAUAGUCAUGAUUGGAACCCUCACGGGUGCCCAAUGGGGAAUUUAUGAUGCUGUCAAAGUUUCUUUUGGGUUGUCAACUACUGGUGGUGUUGCUCCUGCACCUGCUGCCAUAGCGCUUGCAAAGGCAUGAACAGUCAAAUGUUACAAAAGGGGUUUUUUUUCUUUUCUUUUUUCGAUGAAAUAAUAUUUGUGUUGCUAAUGCCUGCCUUAUUUGAUUCUCGCGGGGAUGGUUUUGAUUUCAUCCUCAAACUCAAUAGUACCUAUUUGGUACUAGGUAAUUUUGGGGAUUAGUUUCCCUUACAGGAGUAUAUUUUAUAUAAUAUGCCACUUUUUGUGAGUGGUUUUUGCACUA